GUUGCAACAUAGCAAAACAGUUCCAUUUUGUCUUUGCACACGACGAGGAACAAUGGUUCUCAAUUUCAGAUUCAACCCACACUCUAAUUAAACUCUGCUUAUCAUUCAUACGUACAUAAAUAUAAUCAAUCAUCACCGUCACAACUUUUUUCUUGCCAAGAAUUGAACAUUCAUGUCGGGAGGAGGAGGCGGUGACGCCAGGCAGCUAGAUCUCACGCCAACAUGGGCUGUCGCUGCGGUUUGCGCAAUCAUCGUUAUCAUUUCUAUACUCUUGGAAAAAAUCAUACACAAAUUCGCUAAGAUGUUUGAAGAGAAAAAAAAACAUGCAUUGCUAGAAGCUCUUGAGAAGAUUAAGGCCGAGCUAAUGAUCUUGGGAUUUAUUUCCCUGCUCUUGACAUUUGGGCAAAACUACAUUUCUAAAGUGUGUAUACCGGAGAGGUUUUCAUACACGAUGCUUCCCUGUCUUCCCGUUGAGAAGCGUGGAGGUGGUCAUGGCGAACAUGGAGCUGCACCGCAUGAAGAGGAGGGGGGUGAGGCUGAAGCUGAAGAGCAUCACCGCAGGCUUUUAUCAUAUGAACGUAGGUUUCUAAGUGCUGAAGCUGGAGGCCACAGUUGUGAGUUGGGGCACGUGCCUCUUAUAUCAGUGAACGGGUUGCAUCAGUUGCACAUUUUUAUAUUUUUCUUGGCUGUUUUCCAUGUGAUAUACAGUGCCAUAACAAUGACGCUUGGAAGAGCAAAGAUUCGUGGAUGGAAGGCAUGGGAACAGGACCAUAUCGUGGAUCAAGAUGCCUUGAAUGAUCCUAGAAGAUUCAGGCUUACUCACGAGACAUCAUUUGUGAGGGAUCACAACAGUUUUUGGACUAAAACACCAGUUACCUUCUAUUUUGUAUGCUUCUUUCGACAAUUUUUCAGAUCUGUUCGUAGGGCCGACUAUUUGACCAUGAGACAUGGUUUUGUGACUGUCCAUUUAGCACCCGGAAGUAAGUUUGAUUUUCAGAAAUAUAUCAAGAGGUCAUUAGAAGAUGACUUUAAGGUAGUUGUAGGAAUCAGUCCAAUUCUUUGGGCAUCAGUGGUGUUAUUCUUGCUUGUGAAUGUCCAUGGAUGGCAUGCUUCAUUCUGGGUGUCUUUUCUUCCACUAUUGGUGAUUCUGGCUGUUGGAACAAAGCUUCAAGCAAUUAUCACUCGAAUGGCACUUGACAUAAAAGAAAGGCAUGCUGUAGUGCAGGGGAUCCCUCUUGUGCAAGUCUCUGACAAGUAUUUUUGGUUUGCAUGGCCUCAGUUAGUUCUUUAUCUCAUCCAUUAUGUCCUCUUUCAGAAUGCAUUUGAGCUGACGUACUUCUGGUGGACAUGGUAUGAAUUUGGUUGGGCUUCUUGCUUUUACGAGGAUGAUAGUCUCAUGAUUGUCAGAGUAGCUCUUGGGAUAGGAGCUCAAGUUGUUUGCAGCUAUGUCACACUUCCACUCUAUGCACUUGUAACACAGAUGGGAUCAACGAUGAAGAAGUCAAUAUUUGAUGAUCAAACAUCGAGGGCUCUGAAACAGUGGCAUAAGAAUGCUCUGAAGAAGAAAGCAUCCAAGGGACGAGCGGAAACUCGAACGUUAGGUGCGAGUCCAGGAGAGUCGCCGGAUGUUUCGCCACGGCCAACGACGGCCGAAGAAACAGAAAUGGCUGAGCAUGGCGCCACCAUUGUCAGCACCGUCGAUAACGAACAACAACAGUACAAUAACCGCGACCUUCUAACUGGACCAUGACGCUUCACACGUGUCAAUCGGAACAUGCAAGUUUAGGGUUAUAAUGUACGUAACCGAGGCUUCAUGCAUCAUCGUAUUCAUGGUUAAACAUAGGUCAAAUAGAAUUAGCAAGCUAGCUAUUGCAUUCCUUAUUGUAGCACAGUUUAGAUUAAUUAAGAUUAGACAUUCUUGUAAGUUAUUUCAUGUAUAACAUGAUCAAAAGCACGCGCACCAUAUUUACGUCAAAUUACACACAU